CGUGUGAAUCAAGCGACAUGUGUGACGCAUACUUCGACAAUGGUCAGGAACUCGCUGUAGCCAUUAUAUCUGAAGUUCCCUCACCUUCCACUGCAUUUACUUUCAUUCUGUAUUAUUUCUUUACCCUCUUCUUUGAGAACUAGAGUAUUUUAGAAAAAAGAAAGUUACAACUUACAAUUGACUGUGUCUAAAGUAAUUUCUAAUCUUUGUAAAGCCUGUACUUUGCAUUUCUCCUUGUGAUAUAAUGUAAUUAUCUUCGUUACGUAACUUAUUUCUCUCAGUAAUUGUGUUAACGUUUACAGUGGCAAGAAAUGUGUACAAUUUUCUUCUCUGGCAUCAACACGUAGAAAUACUCCAGUACAUGGUUCUUCUAAGGAAACGGGUAGUGAAUCCCACGCGCCAGAGAUUUUAUAAACACAAAGUGGACUAUUUAAAUUUGCGUUACGCUGAGAAUUUUAGUACGCGGAGGACAUAGACUAAUCUACGGGAACAUUUACUCGAUACGUGCAACGCAUAAUAAUAAUACUACUACUAAUUAUUUGUUAGUGCAUCGGGAAAGUAGAUCAGCUACUGACUGCUUCACGGUGUGACAAGUGUACUGAUGUGUUGUGUGCUUAGUGAUGUGAUGUGAUGUGUAUCCGCCGAGAUGGAUAGAUGUUUCUGGAUCACAGUUAAGGAUGUUAUCGUGUUCCGAUCACUUCCCAGGUGACGUGGACCUCAAGACUGUGACACUACUCAGUUCUUAGUCCGCCAAAAACCUGGCAGUGGCAAAAAUGGGCCGAUGGACAGGAACGGCCACACAUCUGCUGGUGGUCUUCGCCAUCUACUACGUUUCCGUGAUGGACGCUACCAGUCAAGAAGCCAGUAGUACCAACAGCAGCAGCAAAGACAACCCGGACCGACGACCUCGUUCACAACCGGCGACCUUGGUCGGCACAGAGGUCCCAGUCGAGUGGAACGAAUUAUCGGCCACCUUCUCGCCUCAGCCGGUUCACUUCGCGACUCAGAACUCUAGUUCCGUAACAGCACAGACCGGAAGUACAACCCUCAUCCCCUGCGUCGUCAGCAACAUCGGAGACGGCACGGUGUCCUGGAUACGAAGGAAGGACUAUUACCACCUGCUAACAGUGGGACUCACGACGUAUACCGGGGACGAACGCUACCAGACCAUUCACGCCCAACACUCAGAGGACUGGACAUUGCAGAUCAAGUUUGUUCAACACAGGGAUGCUGGGCUCUACGAAUGUCAGGUGUCUUCACACCCGCCUAGCAGCAUCUUCAUCGAACUCAAAGUAGUAGAAGCUAGAGCCGAAAUAUCUGGUCCUGCGGAAAAAUACUUGAAGCUCGGCAGCACGCUAAGCCUACAGUGCACUCUGGUGUCCAGCACAGAACCUCCCGUUUACGUGUUCUGGUAUCACAACAACCGGAUGAUAAAUUAUGACGGAGACCGUGGUGUGAACGUCACAACUGACCGUCCUGCUAAAACCAGCACCUUGCUUAUAAACAGCGCCUCACCAGAGCAUUCGGGGAAUUACUCGUGCGUACCAAGCAAUGCCCAGCCCGCAAGCACGUACGUCCACAUAUUAAACGGCGAGAACCCAGCAGCAAUGCAACAUGGAGGUCGCGGUCUCUCCUGGUUGCACUGUCCGUCCGCUUGGUUGCUCCUGGCAUGUGUCGUGGUUUCCGCUCUCUCUGGACGUCUAACUACGCCACCUCCCGAGAAGAUAGCAUCUGUGUAUGGAUACAUGGCAUAACAAAGCGGAUCGGCGCGAAAUUGC